AUGGGAAACUGCAACGCUGGAGAAAGAGCAGCAAAGCGACACAUUCAAACGGUGACGGAUAGGAAGCUGCACAUUCAUUUCGUCAACGAAAAUCUUCCCGAGAUUACCGUUUUCGACAGUCGUCAUGGAAAUGAGGCCAACAGAAACGGCAAAACGGAAGCUGCAGGGAAGAAACCACCCGAACAACUGUUUCUUUCGCAACCAGCAACGGGAUGGAAUGUGCAAAUAAACCGAUGA